AAUGCCAGCGAGGCUACUAACAACAGGAACUCAUAAAAUACAACACACUUUUGCCACCCGUAAAUCUCCAAAUCGGCAUAAGGGUAAAAGCAGUGACAUGUUAACGUUUUGUGUGAGCAAGCCAUCUGCUAUUUAUGAUUGGCUGAGAUGGUGUUUACUGCUGACGUGUCUACUGAUAGUCCCAGAUUUCAUUGCUGGACUCAAGGAUGUUUCGGUUACAAUACCACAAGCGGUGAAACGCGGCAGCAAUGCACUGCUCACAUGCAAUUACGAUAUGGAAAAUGAUACUUUAUAUUCCGUUAAAUGGUAUAAGGGACGUCGAGAGUUUUAUCGCUAUACACCAAAGGAAAAUCCGGCAAUGAAAGUUUUUCCCAUGGCCGCCGGAAUCAACGUUGAGCGUAAUCUCUCCAAUCAAAGUCAUGUCGUGCUGUUGGCGGUGCCGCUCAACAUAUCCGGCAAGUUUACAUGCGAGAUUUCCGUGGAGGCGCCAACCUUUCAAACCGCCAUGGUCUCUGGUGAACUGGAAGUUGUGGAGUUACCGGAAGAGCAGGCCAUUGUUACGGGCAUCCAGCCACGUUAUCGUAUCGGCGAUUUGGUUGAUGGCAAUUGCUCAAUUAAGUACUCCAAGCCGGCUGCUAAUUUGACAUGGACUAUUAAUGGUAUUGUGGUGCCACUGCAUCACAUCAAAACUUAUCAAAUUGAGCGCUAUGAAGAGAACAAUUUGGAGUCGGUGGUGAGCGCAUUGCACUUCAUGGUGACCACACAGCAUUUCAUUAAAGGACAAAUGAGGCUCAAGUGUACGGCAAGCAUAUUUGAUAUAUUUAAAGAGGAAAUCGAAAGUGUCAUCGAAGAGGAUCGACCACGCAUUAUGGCCUCCGGCCGUUCAUACGAUAUGCAUAAUAAUUAUCCAUAUGAGCAGCAUGCUAGCGGUGAUGGCUUCGAGGAUCAUAAUGAGUCCUUUUUAACAUAUUCCGCCGCCGACAUCACGUCUUCGGCAACAACCGUACACGGUACGGCAGCGCGCAUCUGUGUGGGAGCACUAAAACUGCAUUGGCAGCGUCUUUGUACCGGUCUGAUGGCAGCCGCGGCAGCAAUUCGGGCAUCCAGCAGUCAGUGGAGCGAACCAGCGACAGUGGCGCUGGAGCAGCGAUAUGUCAAAAGGAUAAGUGAAGCAAGCGAUGAUGAUGCUGAUGAGAAGGAAAGUGCACCGGCGGCGCAGGCAGUGAAGAACUUCGCGCGGUUCGAAAUUCCCAACAACAGCAGCAAGUGUAUUGCUUAUGUUUUUAUUGCUAUUUGCACGAGCGUCUUUCUAUGCGCACUGACACGCCAUUUUAUAAGCUGUCAAAGGAACCAAAGGAAAUCCACAGCAGUGGGUGAACGCGAACGAGCAGUGACGGCACCGGCACCGGGAACCAACGCCUCGACUGCAGCAGUCUUUACUGCCACGUUGUUGCCAUCAAAGGUAAUAACAACAGCAGCAGUAACAACACCACUGCGCAUUGUAAAUGAUGGGGCAGCUUCAAUCUUGGCAGUCAAACGGACAUUGAAAGGACGAAAAUCCUUUCAUAAUUGCGUUGGAAAAAAUUUGAAAUCAUUGAGUGUACGAUUGCAGGGAUUCCGCCGGGCGCUGGGCAUGGUGUUUAUGCGGUGGGCGAAAAUAGCGGCGAAUCCAUUACAAAAAUUGGCAAAUCAACUACAGCAACAACAACAACAACAAGAACAGCAGCAGCAGCAUCAACAUCAGCGAAAAAGCCCGUCAAUAUUGCGCAACCAAGCGCGCACACAGCGCCACGCAACUCAACAGCUGUCGGUGACAGUUGCCGGUAGGAGCCCAUCAACUCCAUUGCCAACAACUGUAGCUGCAUUGACAUUUGACACUCCGGGUGUUAGCGCUGCCAUGCAUGAUGCAAUUGCCGGCUGCAACACCCUCCACACAACUUACAAACGCUGCAGCAGGGGCGGAGAAGGCGACGGUGACGACGGCAGCAAUCAAGCAAUUGGCAAUUUCACUAAGGACACGUCAAAGGAUCAAACAUUAUUGAUGAUGAUUGCACAACGUUUCGAUUGUCAACAUGUUGACGAUUUUGUUACACUUUUACACAGCGCUCGCAGUAAGAGGCAACAACAACAACAACAACAGCCACUAGUGGUUGGUUCAAUAAAAGGCGGCAAGGUGUUGUCGAGCGCCAAGGCGUUGCUGGCUAAUUGGCAAGAAAACUACGCAGCACCACGUCCUUGCUGGGACCACUGCUGAUGCCGGCCGUCUGAAGCCAAUUGAGCGCCAGCGCAUAGCUUAAACAGAAAUAAUAAUUACAUACCAUAAAUAGCUUAAUACCAAUAUACAUACAUAUAUACAAUACCAUAUGAAUAAACAAUACUCCCGGAAGCGCCACGUUAUCUCUGAAGAAAAGCAAAGCAACAAAAGCCAAAACAAAAACAAAAAAAAUAAUAAUAAAAGCAAAAUAAUAUGAUAAAUUAGUUUAGAGAUGUUUAGCGAUAAGAAAAUGUUGAUGUUGCUUUUUAAAUUUCGAAAGCAGUAAAAGUCAAAGUAAAAGUAAAUCUGUGUAAAUAUGGUAACUAGGUGCGCGAAAGAAAUUUGAACCAAGUUGUGAAAAUGUGAAAAUAUUGUAUUGAAUUAGAGUAAUGCCAAACAAUUAGAUCUUCAUUAGGUAAUAAGUUAAAAAAUGGAUGAAAUGUAUACCAAAAAGAGAGUAGUUAUCAGCAGAGAUAGCAGAGAUAAUAGGAAAAACAUAAACUUAUGUUAAUUGCAAACAUAUGAGUGUGAAGAAGCCAGCCCAUGCAAUAGCACAGUUUGUUUUCUAAAAUAUAGCGGUUGAAUUUGCACUUUUAGAGCUAACAGAAGUGUCUUUAAAGUCAUUCUUCCGUGAACAAAUAUUAAAUCUUAACUUUAUUUGAAGCACACUUUAUUGCUUCUAGAUAUAUUGAGAAGCGACUGUGCUAUUGCCUUGUUGGCUUUUAGAAACAUUAUUAAAAAAAAACUGUUGUAAAUGUUGUAUUCAAUACAUUAAAAUGCUAGACUAAGUAUGUCCAAAGACAACAAAAACAAACAAAUUACUUAAUUUCACUUACCUUUUGUUUAAGUUCAAUGUGAUUUUUUUAAUGAAAUAUAAUUUCCAAAAUAGCUUAUGUACAUUUAUAUUAUUGUCAUUUGUAUUUGUUUUCGAUUGCUUGUAAUUUGUAAGAAUUUUAAUUGCAAAUUCAUUUUUAAUAUAUGCAAAUUUUAAACAAAUUCGGCAAAUGUGUACUUAUUUAUUUAUUUUGGUUAUUUUUAAUUUAACAUAAAAAUAUUAGCAGCAACAUACACGUUACAGUCUGUUAGCGCACAGCCGAAAUGCAUGUGAAAUGUUCUGCAACAUUCGCUGUAAACACGCGGCGCAAAUGCUUCCAGCAAAUUAGUAAAAUUUGGGAAAUGCACCAGGCGACCAUAAAUCGCAGCAGGUCGCCUCCCAGUUGCACUUUUGUCUUCCGGCCCCUAAAAGCAUGCUACAAAAUUUGACAUCCGGCAAAUUCGGGUGCAGCGAAAGUAAUAAAAUUUCAAAUAUUUAGCUAAGACACGCACCGGUUAGCGCAGUUGAAAACUCACCGGUUGUGAUUUUGGCUAAGGAAGACAGUACAGGCUGCACCAUAUGAAAUGAAAUACGCGUAAAUUAUUUCUUUUGUGAAAUAUAUUAUUUUUGCUUUUAAUGUAAAGUACCUAAUUUUUUUAGUAAAAAUAAUCAAAAUGAAACUGUAAUAAAACAGUAUUUAAUAAGGAAUGUUUAGAGCACGUAAUUAAAUAGUUUUAAGAGUAUAUAUUCAAAUGUGCGCAAGCAGCUUCUUUUCUUUUACAAACAUAAAUUAACAAAUUGUACAUAAACAAAUUAUUAAUAAAUUUAUAGAUUAAUUGACGAAUAGCUGCGAACCGGCAAGAGGCUGACGUUGUAAAUAUGAAAAGUAAAAUCACUGAAGUUGUGAACAUUAUAAUGUAAACCAAAAUGCUCAAAGAGUUGUAGGUGCCACUGGUGUUGUAGGUGCGAUGCUCAUUAGCAAAUGGUGGUUGUCGCUAGAUGGAUAAAUUUAAUUUAGCUUAGCCAUAAAAGCACUAAUUUAAAUGUAUAUGUGUAACUAAUAGUAAGAAGUAGAUGAAUAAUUCAAGGAACUUCAUACCUUUGCAACUGAAAGAAAUUCAAAGUGAUUUCAUUUGUAGAUUAUUUGUUUGGUAACUCUUUAUAUUUGACCCACUUCUUAAUUGGAUUUAAAAUUAACCGUAAUUCUCGACACUUUCUUUGAAAUUACAAGAUCCAACGGUAGAUAGUUCCUUCAAUUGGAGUACAUAAAUUAAUAUAUACACAAACACAUAAGCAUAUAUGUAAAUUCUAAUAAAAAUAAAAAACACAAAUGCUGCAUAAAUAAGCAAAUAAACUGGAAGAUAGUAAAUAAAUCAAAAUCUUACAAGUAAGCGUCAUUAAAGCGCCUCUUUGAAGACCACAAUGGUGUUUCAUGCUGUGUAAAGUAAAUGGUUUGCUAUGAGUGGUACACACGCACAUGAUUUUUUGCUUCAUUUAU